AAACCAAAACACUUUCCACAAAUAAUACAAAUUCUUAGACCAACUCCAAUUGGUUCUUAAUUUAACAACUAUAUUUUAUUCCCAUUUCUUCCCACUUACCUCCUCAAUUCCACUCCAACUUCACCUCCCAUUUUCUGAAAAUUACUUCUCUUUCCAUCACUCUAAUUCAUUUUCGUUUCCUCCAAGGAACCAUGGAAAUUUAACACCAUUUCAAACCUCUCAGCUCAAGAAACCAAACCCAUUGCUAUCAAUGGAGAUUGAUGAUGCAGCUCCUUUCUCUGACUCAGUCACCAUUGCCAUCUCUCUCUCACCUUCUUCUUCUUCCUAUUCCUCUUCCUCUUCUUCUUGUAGUGCUAGCGUUGUUCCUCUUCCCUUCUCUCCGCUUCAACAAACCGCCGAAUCACCGCCGUUCCGCCCCCUCCUUAUGUCGGAGAGUGGAGGGAUGUUAUCGUUAGCCGGCUGGUCUCACGACGGCGAACGGCUGAGGUUCCUCGACGCAGAAGGGAACGAGUGGGGGAAUGUAGUCAACCGAUUCAACCAGCUGGCCACCGUUAAAGGCGGCCGAAAUGGGCAUCAAGAGGUUGUGAAAUGGUCGGAUUUUGGUUCUUGCAUAGGAAUGGGGGAAACGGCGGAAUUUGGAAAAGAGGUAUUAAGAGCAAUGAGAGGAGGAAGAAGGGAUUGGAAAAGGGAUAUCACCAAAAGUGAACUUCACAGUUAUUGGUGUCGCAUGACCGAUCCUUGGUUGGAUUCUAGGAUUCUUUUAUUCUUUGACCUCUGUGAUAGAAAUAUGGAUGGAAGAAUUGAUGAGAGGGAGAUGAAGCAGGUUAUCUCGUUAAUUUCACCUAUAAAUAAAUUGGCAAUAAAAAAUAAGGAAGCCGAAGAAUACGCUGCUUUAAUCAUGGAAGCCCUUGACCUUCAACAUCGAGGCUAUAUCCAGGCAUCGGAAUUUGAAGCACUUUGCAAAGCAAGCUUACCAAAAGGCUCAUCAACAAUUUCAUAUAAAAAGAAUCAUGGUCAACAGCAAGAGCCAAUAUCAAAGGCGGAGAUAUUGUUUCGUUCAUAUUGGAGACGAACAUGGAUUAUUGGGUUGUGGUUGACGAUUUGCUUUGCACUUUUCACGUGGAAAUUCAUCCAAUACAGUCAUCGAGCAGCCUUUCAAGUGAUGGGUUAUUGUUUAUCCACUGCAAAGGGAGCUGCUGAGACCUUGAAAUUCAACAUGGCUUUGAUCCUUCUACCUGUUUGUCGAAAUACAAUAACAUGGCUGCGGAACAACCCUGGCCUUAACUCCGUUAUUCCAUUUAAUGACAACAUCAACUUUCAUAAAGUAAUUGCAGGAGGGAUAGUGAUUGGUAUUAUCCUCCAUGGAGGCACACAUCUGGCCUGUGAUUUCCCAAGAAUUAGUGGAUCAGAUCGGUCUGUUUUUCGACAAACUAUAGCAGCUAACUUUGGGUAUCAGCAACCAUCAUAUUUCCAGAUAUUGUCCACAACUGAGGUUGCAUCAGGGAUUGCUAUGGUGGUGUUAAUGAUGAUAGCAUUUCCAUUAGCCACCAAGUGGCCUCGUCGCCAGUCUCCGUCCCUUCCGAAAUCCGUCAGAAAGGUCACCGGAUACAAUACGUUUUGGUACUCCCACCAUCUGUUUGUUCCGGUUUAUGCUUUGCUCAUUGUUCACUCAAUGUUCCUCUUCCUCACAGAUAAUUUAGUUGAAAAAACGACAUGGAUGUACAUCGCCAUACCGGUUUUAUUAUAUGCUGGAGAGAGGAUAACUCGAGCUAUAAGAUCAGGGUUUUCUGCAGUAGAAAUCUUGAAGGUAAGCUUAUAUCCAGGAAAGGUGUUGUCUCUCAAACUGCAAAAACCAAAAGGUUUUAGGCACAAAAGUGGCAUGUAUAUUUUCAUCCAAUGUCCUCAAAUUUCACCCUUUGAAUGGCAUCCAUUCUCCCUAACUUGUGGACCAGAAGAUGAUUACUUGAGUGUGCAUAUCAAAACUCUUGGGGACUGGAGCUGUCAGCUAUAUAGUCUCUUCGAGGAGGCAAUACUAACAGGACUAAAGCAGUAUCCAAAAAUAUAUAUCGAUGGACCUUAUGGUGCUUCUUCUCAAGACCACAUCAAGUAUGAUAUUGUGAUAAUGGUUGGUCUUGGCAUAGGAAUCACUCCUUUCGUUAGCAUCCUCAAAGAUAUUGCUACCCGCCUCAAAAAGUCCUCCAUUAAUCAUGCAGCUUGUGGAGAAGGCAGCCUUGAGAAAAUUCCAUUAAAAGCUUAUCUUUAUUGGGUUACAAGAGAACAAAGCUCUUUUAAUUGGUUCACGGAUGUCAUGAAGGAAAUAGCAGACGCAAACCAAAAGCAGGCUGUUGUAGAGGUAUUCAAUUUCCUAACCAGUGUAUAUCAAGAGGGUGAUGCUCGGUCGGCUUUAAUCACAAUUAUUCAAUCUCUGUAUCAAGCCAAGUAUGGAAUUGACAUUGUCUCUCGAACCCCGUUACACACACAAUUUGGACGACCAAAUUGGUUCAACAUCUUCUCAAAAUUAGCUAGAAGACAUAGAGGGGCAAGGAUUGGGGUUUUCUACUGUGGACCAAUGACGUUGGCCAGAGAGUUGGAGAAGUUGUGCACCAAAUUCUCCACCAAAACCAGCACAAUAUUUGUGUUUCACAAGGAGAAUUAUUAGCUGAUUUCCAUCUUUAUGGGGUUUGUUUUCUUGACUUUCUAUUUCUACCUUCAAUAUGAAUAUAUUCUUUUUGCAACAUAACCUAGAAAAUUAUUACGUUAAGGAAAAGGAAUGAAAAUGAAAAUUUUCAAAUAUGUAAAAUAGUUUACAUUUUU